GUACUGGUGGCCCGGGGGAGAACCACCAAUGAACAGGUGACGGGGAAGUUCCGAGGAGGAGUGAACCCCUUCACUAACGGCUGCUGGAACAACGUCUCCCACGUUCUCUGCAGUUCCCAGGCCCCCAGGUACCUGGGCAGGAAGAGGCGUGUCCAGACUGUGGCGGUCCAGCCGCCCUUCCUGCGGCCACAGCUCACAGAAGACCAGCUGGCCGCCAAGGUGCUUGACAACGGUAUCCAAGGAGACCUGCAUCGGUCUAAGAGUAGUCUCGAGAUGAUGGAGAGCCAGUCAUGUGACGCGGAGCCCCCUCCCCCUCCCAAACCUGAGCUCAGAUACCCUGGGCUGAGCAGGAGCACCGCUGCACACACCGAGGAGAGUAGUCUGCUGAACAAAGCCCCACCCACUCCCACCAUGUACAAGUACAGACCCACCUAUAGCAGCCCAGGAAAGAACCAUACCGCCCUCACACACGCCUAUGCCAACCAGAUAAGUCGAGGAGAGAGUCUGAAGGAGUCGUCCUCCCUCCUCCAGACCAGUCAGCAGGCAGGCUUCCGCUCCGAGCCCAGCCUCGACGUUCCUCCGGGGGACAGGGGGGGAGGCGGGGGGGACAGGGGGGGAGGAGGAGGGGGAGGAGCCCCGGGUAUCCCUGGUUAUUCCCUUGGGGGGCGGUCCUACCCCUCCUUCUCAGACCCCACUGUUCUAGCCGGAGGGGGCGUGGCCUCCCGUUCCUCAAGCGUUCGCUCCACCCACAUCUCCACCCACGUCUCCGAGGCAACCACCUCAACAAGCUACAAGAGCCUGGCCAAUCAGAGCCCUCCUCCACGGAACGGGAGCCUAUCGUACGACAGCCUGCUCACGCCCUCCGACAGCCCGGAUUUUGAGUCGGCUGCCCCUGAGCUGAGCCCCGGGAGAUCCCGUACGCCUGCCCCGCCAGGCCACGCCCCCUCUCUGGGCUACAGCUCUCCCUACCUAUCAGCUCAGAUCACCCAGCAGAGGGAGGCGGAGCUCCACAAUAACUCCGCCCUCCUCUGCUCCCCCCACCGUUCCACCCACUACCUUCACCGCUCUUCCUCCUCCUCCUCCCCUCCCCCUCCUCCCCCAGAAAGGGAACGCCUCCUCCACGAGGCCUCCCACCACCACCACCGCCACCCCCACCAGCCCCCACCCUCUUCCUCCGCCCCUCUGCCCCCCGGUGGUAUCCCCCACCACCAUCACCACCAUCACCAUCACCAUAGCAGCAGCGGACACAGCUCCCGCCCCCCCCGCUUCUCCCGCCCCCCCGUCUUAUCCGAGUCGGGGGCCCCCCACCACUACCCGUACCGCACACGCUCCACGGACACGCCUCUGGCGCCCUCCACCCACCCCCCCCGCGGCCCCCACCCCCCUCCCCUGGGCAAGUCGCUGUCCUACUCCAGCGCGGCGGCUGCAGAGAUGCAGUACCGCAUGGUCCACAAAGCCUCGGCCUCGGCAGGACAGGGGGGAGGAGGAGGGAUGGGGGGAGGAGGAGGAGGGAUCCAGGCCCCUAAAGAUGAGAUUCAGAUGAAGUCUUUCAGCCGGACCAAUGGACAGCCCAGGUCUUCCCUCUCCCAAUCCCCUGCCUCCUCCACUCCUUCCUCCCCCUCUCACCCAAUCAGCGUGUCCUCCCGGCCUGGACAGGCCCAUCCCAGCGCAGCGGCCACCCAGAGCCCCGCCCACAAGACAGGGGGCGGGGUGAAGAAGGUGACUGGCGUCGGAGGGACGACCUAUGAGAUUUCAGUCUGAGAUAUGAGAUGACCAAUGGCUGCAGAGAUGAAUCGAUGGAUGGAGGGACAUGCAGGAGGAUGUGAUGUAGAGACACUUGGAAAGAGGAAUGAGGAGGAAGAGAGAAACUCUCUGUGAUUUUAGACUCCUGCUCCUCAAGGAGCCAUCGAGCUGACUGACAGGCUGGUCAGCCAACCACAGACGAGAACACUGCAAACCUUCAUCAGGUGGGUGAUCCAGCCAGCCAAUCAUAUCCCUAGAGUGGUUGGAUUACAUUUUACAUUUUAGUCAUUUGGCAGACGCUCUUAUCCAGAGCGACUUACAGUAAGUACAGGGACAUUCCCCCGAGGCAAGUAGGGUGAAGUGCCUUGCCCAAGGACACAACGUCAUUGGCCUGGUGGGGAAUCGAACCGGCAACCUUCUGAUUACUAGACCGAUUCCCUAACCGCUCAGCCACCUGACUCCCCGGAUUAUCCCCGGACUCCCCGGACUCCACGGAUUAUCUGACAAUCCACCAAUAGAUGGGCUCUAAAAGACUGGAUUUGCCUUUUGAAAGAAGAAAGAAAAUCAAACCUGUUCAAAGAAGAACAAUGUAGAUUUCAUGAAGUGUAUUGAUUCUUUGUCUGUACAAAAAUAAAAUGGUUAGGAGAUGGGGAGUUUCACUAUGUGGCAUUAUAAGGGACAUUGCAGCAUGCACUAGCCACUAUGGACCACUGUGAUGGCUAAGGACCUCGCUGUCAUUGUCAUUUGACCAAUCAGAAUGGAAAAUGCUGAAGUCUGACUAUGGGACAAGAUAGUGUCAGAAGCAGCCUUUUCUAGACAAACUGAGCCUUGGAAAUCAAGGGAAAAUUAUUGUUAUUGUUGUAUUUUUAUUUUACUUAUUUAAUUUGUAAAAUUGUUAUUUUAUAUGGAUUUAUAUAUAAAUAUGGCUCUUGAUGAGAUCAAGUUUUUUAUGGGCCGAAUAAAGGGUUGUGUUGAGUCCUUCAAACUAUAGAAAGUUCUUACUUAAUUGUACAUGAUGGCUGCACAGGUGAAAUAAAAGGCUGAGUUCUUCAUGGGAAUCAAGGCAUUUCAUAAAGGAAGAUGUAGCAUUUGGGAUAGACAAUAACCACUUCAGAACGAUCUUCUUGUACAAUGUUUACCUCUAUGCGAAAUGUUCAUGUUUGUGGAUCCUGAUAUGAGGUAUAUUUGAUUAAAUCCUCCUGGUGCACUGCCUGGGUGGAGUUGACAAAACAAUGGUUGAGUAUGUCCAAACUCUGUCCACCUAGGGUCCUUCUGAAAAUAAUCAAGCACCCCUGUUUGACAUCUCUGUCUGCCUUUGACUAGCUGGACCAAUCAGAGAACAGUGCUAGGAUCAGAUGCUUGUUGCAGCCAACUAGUGUGAAAGAUCUAUCAUCACUAUGUUCUUAUUGGUUCAUGGUCUAACCAAUGAGAUAAACAGCUGAAAAAUCUUUUAACAGCCUUUUUAUAUUUUUAUUUCUAUUCUGUAAUUUAGUUUUUGCAAGAUAUUCAGACAAUUUUCAGGGCAGUGCUUUAGACUGACGGUUUGACCAGUCAAGAGUAAAGGACAGAGGAUUGGGCUGGGUAUUAGUGCAUGUCGCCCAAUGAGAGGGCAAAGGUGUUUGACGGUCAUUGGCACAACAGCCAAUGCCCUUGUAGAAAUGCUCCACAAGGAGAAGGAAGAGGAGGGGUGAGGAGUGCUGCACAGUGGGUGUUUUUAAAAGCUGAAAAAUGACAAAUGUGUUAUGUAUAACCCACUGAGGGUGUGUGUAUGUGCGUGUGUGUUUGAUCAUUGGUAAUAAACUCUCAAAGUUU